AUGGGAGUUCCGCAAACAUCCCGUAGUGCUUCAGACGUCGUACCUCGCAAAAAAACAAGUCGUGAGCUGGCGUAUAUAAGUGCACUGAACAUUAACAAGUCCCAUAUCGGUGAAAUCGUGUCUGGGCGGAAUAUAACAGAAACUAAGCUACUGGAAACCCGACUGGAACUUCUAGAAAAAGACAAACGAGUUUUGGAAAGGGAACACUUUUGGAAGCAGAGACAAUUCUUCAUAGACAAAGUGUUUGACAAGGAUCGCCGUCUAAAGUAUGCCGGUAUUGCCAAUAAGAUUUCCGAGGAAAAGAAGAAACACGUGAAAAGCAUUGAAUCGUCCAAAACACCUGCUAAACUUCCUAGCAUUUCUAAGUCUGCAAAAUAUGACGUUUCACUAACUAAGCAUUUCUUUCCGGGAAAAAUUGAUCACAGAAAGAGCGUUAAUUACAAACUGGUACAACAUGGACAAGAGAAGCUAAUGGCUGCCGUGAGAGCAUUUCAAGCUGCACUAGAAAUUCGAAAACGUUAUUUGGAGAGAAAGAGAAAUGAAGGUCUUGAGGAAGAACAGAAUAGUGAAUUGGUAGAUGAAGGUGACGAAGGCAAGAGUAACAGUGAAGGCGGUACUGAUGAUUCCAAUGACAAGUCCAUCUCCGAAAUUCAAAAAAGCAAGUUCAUUAAAUACGUUGUGAAAAAUUGGAGAAACUAUAAAAAAUCAGAAACACACCCGACGCCAACAAACAGUAGCUCAAAAGAAAAGACAAUAAAACAAGUAAGAAAUCGCAAAAUGUCCCAAGAUGGAGAGAUGCUUGGCAACCGGACACGUGACCGUCGACGUCACUCCUUGGUGAGGACUGAUGAGGACAAAUUGCUACUUAAACUGGCCAUGACUCUCCCUCCAAACGUUAUGUCGGAGGCUAACGACAAGUUAUCAGACCUGAGCUCUGUGUUGGGGUUCUCCUCACGCAAUGAGAGACUCCGCCAGCAGGCGGCGAGUGUCCUACACCGACCCGUCCUCACCGACCAAAGAUUUGUCAACCUCCAGAAAACGUUAAUUAGGUCAUCAACAACUCACUACUGAUGUUUGAAUGGCGAUGGAAAUAAAACUUAAUGAUAUAAGUUUUGCCCUCAUUUACCCAUAAUAUCUGAAGUUUUCAAAUAAGAAUAAUAAUCGUUUUAACUGAUAAAGUA